AUGUCCAAGCAAGAGACCGAAGAGUCACAUAUUCCAGACGUCGACGCCAACGACUUCCAGGGCCUCGUCCUCAACGAUGUCAUUCCUCGUGAUCGACCGCCUUGGUACGCGGAUUGGACGCUAUGGAAGCUCAACUUGCUGCUUCUGAGCGGUUUAUUGACACAGACGGCGACUGGGUUCGAUGCUAGUAUGCUUAACGGCGCACAAUCCCUUCCACAAUGGCAAGAAUUCUUCGGACAACCCAAAGGAACGCGACUUGGAGCCAUGACCUUUGGACCGAACGGAGGUGUCCUCAUCUCGAUCCUCAUUUCCUCGCAGCUUUGCGACUGGCUCGGUCGACGUAUUCCUAUUCUCAUCGGAUCCCUCACUAUCAUUGUCGGCGCUAUCGUCCAGACUGCCUCAUACAACUACGGCAUGUUUGUCGCGUCGCGCUUCAUCAUCGGCUUCGGCCUCGGAAUCGUUUCCACCGCCGCUCCGCCUUUACUCUCCGAAGUUACAUAUCCCACCCACCGUGGAAAGGUCGUUUCUUUCAUGAUGGUCUCGUGGCCACUUGGUGCUAUCAUCGCUGCCUGGGUUACCUACGGAAGCUUCCGAAUGGAGAGUUCCUGGGCGUGGCGACUCCCGAGUUUGCUGCAAGCUACCUUCUCCGUUGUCCAGGCUUGUUUGGUCAUGUUUGCGCCCGAAUCACCCCGAUGGCUUAUCUACAAGGGUCGUUAUAAGGAAGCCCAGGAUAUUCUGGUGAAGUGGCAUGGCUAUGGAGAUCCCAACUCGAGACUGGCACGCUUCGAAAUGGCUGAGAUCACAGCAACACUUGAGAUCGAGAAGAUGCAGAAAAAGUCUCGAUGGGGAGAAUGGGUCUCCACUCGAGGCAACUGUCAUCGUUUAUUCCUUGCUCUGUACAUCCCUGCUAUGCUGCAGUGGUCUGGAAACGCUCUCACCUCAUACUAUCUUGCCAAGGUCCUCAAUUCGAUCAACAUCACCGACCACAAGACCCAGUUACUCCUCAACGCCGGUCUACAAAUUUGGGGUUUCCUCUCAGCUGUCGUCUUCGCCACUCUUGUUGAUAAGUUCGGUCGACGGGGACUCUUCCUUACAGGCAUGUCGGGAAUGGGAGCUUCAUACGUCAUCUGGACAAUCUGCUCGGCCCGCAACCAACAGGAGAAUUUCGAGCACAUCGGUUUCGCCGGCGCAGUUUUGGCCAUGAUCUUCGUGUUCUCAUUCUUCUACCAUGCAAUCUCGCCCAUUGGAGCAACUUAUAUCAUGGAGUCAACUCCAUACUCUCUCCGUGCGAAGGCAUCGAUGCUUUACCAGCUCACUGGUAAUUUGGCGGGUGUGUACAACGCUUUUGCUAACCCCGUGGCCAUGGAAGCAAUUGGAUGGAAGUACUAUAUCGUUUGGUGUGUUGCUAUUGGAGUCCACCUGACGCUUAUCUUCUUCUUCUUCCCUGAGACAAAGGGUCAUUCACUCGAGGAGGUUGCGGAGAUCUUUGAUGGUCCUGAUGCACCAGUAGGGUCAAACGCGAUCGGACAAAAGAAGCUGGAUGACAUGGCUAUGCACUAA